UCUCUAGUCUCUUUGUUCGACCACACAACUCCAUUAAAACAUCUCUUCACUCCCUCUUUCACCAUCUCAUUGUAAACAAAUGUUAACUAUCUGUUCAUCUUUCCAAUUCUUAGUAGUUCCUAAUUGGAAACAAGAUAGAAAAUCAAAUCUAUGGAUUUUAUUUGAUUCAAACAGAAGAAGAAUUGAUUUCAUUUCCUGUACACUCUCUUCAUCUUCUGCUAAUAAUGAUUAUGAUCCUUCACAGGACUUCUUUGGUCUUGAGUCUGAUCUUCAACCAAGGAAACUAAUUGCUGGAGCAACUAAACCAAGAUCAUGGUUUGGACCAAAUGGACAGUAUAUUAGAGAAUUGCCUUGUCCUUGUUGUAGGGGUAGAGGUUAUACACCAUGUACUGAGUGUGGCAUUGAAAGGUCUAAAUUAGACUGUUCACAGUGUAAUGGAAAGGGUAUAAAAAUGUGUAGUAAAUGCUUGGGAGAUUGUGUAAUAUGGGAAGAGUCGAUCGACGAGCAACCAUGGGAAAAAGCUCGCUCAAUAUCUCCGCUGAAAGUCAAGGAAGAUGAUGAGGUAGAUAACCUAGACAUAAAGUUGGACGUCAGGAAAAAGUCCGAGCGGAUAUACCAUUCACCUUCUCCUGAAGUUGGAUUGAAGAUCAGCAGAUCACUAAAAAAUCUGAAUGCUAAAACAGGAUUAUUUACUAAGCGAAUGAAGAUUCUCCAUCGUGAUCCAAAGCUACAUGCUCAGAGAGUGGCUGCAAUUAAGAAAGCUAAAGGGACUGCUGAAGCAAGGAAGAGGGCAUCUGAUUCUGUGAAAGCUUUCUUCCUUAAUCCCGAAAACCGUCGCAAGAGAAGCAUUGCAAUGAAAGGUGUAAGAUUUUACUGCAGUAACUGUGGAAGGGAAGGCCAUAGAAGACAUUACUGUCCAGAACUUAUUAAGGAUGGAUCACUAAUUAGAAAGUUCAAAUGCGGGCUUUGUGGAGAAAGAGGACAUAACCGUAAAACCUGCUGCAAGUUAAGGUCAAGUCAAAUCAAGACAAGAAGUACUAAAACUCGGCGAAAUUGUCGAACCUGCGGCCGAAGUGGACAUAAUAGCAGGACAUGCCCUAUUGCUAAUGGUGUUGCGGAAACAGUGAAACCAGUUGUUGAUUCAUCAAUAGGUUUAAUAUCUUCUGAAGGUAGUAAUAGAAGGAUUCACAUCUGUAGCUCAUGUCAGGGGAAAGGGCAUAACAUCAGAACAUGUUCAAGCAGAAACAAAAAUGUACUUGGAAACUGAAUUUCUCUCAAUUUGUAGAAUGCACAAAGAUUAAUCCGAAAUUUGUUUUCUCUCAAACUUUA